CCUUAUUUCCAGCAACAAUAGCCUCUUUAGUCGGUGUUCCUGUGGACGCCUGUUCAAUCUCCAAUAUAUCCUUUACGUCACUCAUCUUUUGAAAGUAUAAAUAUACCAAGAGGUGUACUUAGUUUUCCACAAAACGUUCAGAAACUACCAAAUCACUGAAUCUUGAAAUAGAGGAAUUGGUCGCCAUCUUGGAAAACUGCGCCAGGAGAAUGGCACUAGAUCAAAUCUGAUCAAAUAUGGCGGACAAUUCAAAGCCAAUUAUUUCAACAAAACAGGUUUGUGAUUGAAACAUUGAACUACUAGUUCAAUGGAUUGAAAGGAAUAAAUAUACCGUAUACGAUUUCUUUGUUAUGACGCUAUAAAGUUGCAACACUGUUGCAACUAGUGCAUGUACAUCGAUAGUGAUACUACUGUGUCAAUGGCAUUGAAACAAAAUGAAAACUAUGAAUACAAAAUGUAUAUUGACAUAGUUUUAUCAUGGUCCAUGGAUAUUUUAAUUUAAUACAUUGCUGUAUAUGAAAAACAAAUGUUUUAAUAAUCCAUUGUUUUACACUAUGCUGUUUAAUAUACACACACACGCUAAUAUAAUACACUGUUACAUGUUGAUGUAGCGUUUAACAUAAAUAUUGCUACAUGGUGUUUAAGAUACCAUACUAAAUGGUUUUAAGUUUUAUAAUAUAAAAUUCUAAAUCCUAUCCACUGUUAGUCCGAUAAAAUGAAAUGCCCAAAAAUCUUGCUGUUUUAAUAGUAUAUACCAUGUUGCAUAGCUUAUAUUUAAUUAACUGUUUUUAUUAAAAAAAUACAAUAGUCCUCCAUCCUUGUCAUACCCAAGACAUACAUAAGAUAUGCUCUUAACCCUUUGAGUUGCCUCCUAAUGCACCUACUCUUAUUUUACUGUCUAACUCCAGAUGAAUUAUUGAGGAGAGCACUGCCACUGGACAGGUUCUCAAUGGGUUAAUUUAAACUUGAAAAUGUUGUUAUGACGUUUUUCUAGGUAUCAUGCAAAAUCAACGAUAUUUCAACAGAUUUUGUUUGCUCAGAUUUUGGUGAUAAAUACUUUGUUCUGAUCACACAGUUUGGUAAAAUGGGAACUCUAGUAAGUUAACAUUUGGAAAAGAAGACAAAAAUACAUCAUUAAAUUUUCACACGAAUGUUACAGCAGCAUCAAUAGCAACGAGCACGUAUCAUUUCUAAAAAUAGUAAGAAUAGCGAUCUAAGCUAUCCAUAAAAAAUCUUAAGUAAUAAUUAUGAUUGGAACGGUUAUUAUUACCUAAUUAAAAGAAUUGGCAUCAAUGCGUUUUUCCCAAUUACGUUUAACUACCAAUUUCCGGCCAAUUUAGGUCGAAAAAUAACGUAAAUAUUAUGAAAAAAGAUUGUUCAGCUUCAGAACUUUGUUCAAGAAGAAUUAGGAACCAGAUCAGCAUGCAGAGCUGUCACUGUAGGGGGUGGGGUGUAUGAAGGAAUAGUUAUAGCAAAAAUGUUAACAAAUUUACAAAAAUGACUGAAAAAUUUAAGUACAUUAAUUAUGUAAUGCGAAAGUUAUUGAAAAAUGGUAUGUCCGGAAAAAAUGUCCCCCCCCCCCUUGCUCGCCAACAAUUUUGGGACUGAAUAAAUAUUAAUUAGCGACUGAAAUGUUGUCCGCAAAUGCGAUACUACCCUGCUUUAGCCUCUUCGCUACGGCUGCAGAUCAGUGACUAGCGUAAAAAAAUUUGUGUGUUUUUCAUAAAAAUGCAAAACAAUGUCAGUUGGCUUGCACUUCAAAUUUUUCACUUUAUUUGAAAAAAACGCGUCAUAUUUCGUGUGAAAACAUCCAGGAAUGUGACUACAUUCCUAACCUCGUGAAAUCGACAAUUUGGAAAUGGCGACAUAUGAUUGGCGAAAUUGAAAAAGGUGAAAUUGCCGAACUGUUCAAUGAAAAUUUUCUUAAAGUUGCCGAUGACGUUGGACUUAUUAGUGAAAGAGAUUACGGUAAAGACAUACAGAGGACCAUCCAAGCAUUAAAGCCAUUCAUCAGCAAAAUAGAGACUCGGGCAUGCCUUUCUGUUUUGAAUUUCAUCACACAAAUGAAGGUGAGGUAAAAAACCUACUUUCAGCAAUAAAUGUUCGAAAAUCGUGUGGUUAUGACAUGUUAUCGCCGAAGCUAAUUAAAGAAUCAGCAGAUGUAAUUGCUACGCCAAUUGCCAACAUUUUGAAUGCCCUCAUUAAUCAGAACUGUUAUCCGAGUGCUUGGAAAAAGGGGCAAUUACGCCUUUAUUAAAAAAAGAUGACGAAUUUAGCAAAGCCAACUAUAGACCGCCGCAGGCCUUAAAAUAUCGGUCGGUCACGGACAUUGUCCGACCCAUUCGUGAAAUUGUCUGACGUAAAGAAGAAACCACCGGACAUUCUGUCCGACCAAAGUGAAACUGAGGUUUAUUGUUUGUCCGACCCGAUCGAGUGUAUUGCUGUCCAACCGAACUGUAGCUUUGUCCAACGUAAAUCAAAAUUACCCUAGUCCAGGACUAGAGGCUCGUGGAGAAUCAGACUAGUGUAUAAAAAGUGAACUGGAAAUGUUGUUUUUAACAGUUUUUGGAACUGUUACUGCUGUUCUUGGCAAGCAAGUUAAUUUUGGCUUGGAAAUAAAUAUGAAUGACACAAAUUGUUUAAUAUCUUCACAACAUUUGCCUUUCAGAAUUAAUACAUUGAGCUGAUAUUAAUUUGUUAUUUCCGAGCCACACUGAAUUGAAGGUCAUCGGACAUCAUCACACAUAUGUCCGACCCAAAUUCAUCGGACAUUUUGUCAGACGGCCCUGUAAAAGAUAUUUUAAGGCCUGCAGACCGGUAACAGUCUUACCUGUGUUAAAUAAUAUAUAUGAGAAGUUUAUAAUAUGACUGUAUCGGACUUGUUGGAACAACCUUGGAACAAGCCUGAUAUAGUAUUAACACGGUUGUUACAAAUUGUGGUGAUUGUCACGUGUGUAUAACUUGGGUGUGAAUGUCGCGGGUUAAAGCCCGGAUUAAACGAGGAUGAGAGUGCAUGAAAGUUGGCAGUCACGCGACCUUGAGUAACUGUUCUUAAUGCUUUCCCAAGACGAUCAUGUGUUCUAUUUAAGUUAAAACACAAUUAGAACACUUCAGGCCACUUUGCACGAUACGACCAGCCGUAUGCGAUUGUCAUUCUAGCAUAUGAAAAUGGAUGAUGACUAGGGUUGGACGAUAUUUCGAUAUUUUGAUUUAUCGCGAUAUUUUCAAUGGCGAUUAUCGUAACGAAGGUAGAAACUUGAACGACGAUAUAUCGAAAUUAUCGUCAUGCUCGUGGACUUAUUGACUUUAUUAUUGACUUUAUUAAAAACGGUACUAUUUCACCAAGAUAUUUACAAAAAUUAAGACGGGUGAUCUUCCAAUAGGCCGUAUAUAGCUAUACUAAUUACAUAUAUACUACAGUAUCUAAUAAUAAUAACUAAAUUACACACAAAUUACACACUUACAGUUAGACUAUUUUUAAAUGUAGAGAUACUUGUUUUAGCUUUUAUGUCAGCAGACAGAUUAUUCCAAGUCUCAGCUCCUCGAUAGGCGAAAGACUUUUUCAUAAAAUUAGGUUUAGGUAAUGCAAAAUUGAAUUCGCUCUGUCUUGUAUUGUAAUUAUGUAUUUCAUUUGAGGUGAUGAAAAGUUCCGUUAAGCAAUUUGGUAACAUGUUAUGUUUGGCUUUGAACAUUAGGACGGCUAAAUGAUGUUUUCUUCUAGUCACGAGAUUUGGAAAACCGACCUUGUUCAAAACAUCGAUUGUACGUGUAUCAUAGUUUUCACGAGUUAUUAUUCGAAAUGCUCUCUCUCGCAUGUGUAUAUAGCUUUUAUAAAAACCCUAAAAAAUUCCUUCAAUUUCUAGAAAAUGUAGUUUUUAAAAGAAUUCAAACUAAAAGAAUCAAGUACGAAUUUAAUACGACAUAUUGGUUAAUUCCUGGUGUUACGGUCACCAAUAUACCAUUCUAACUUUUAUACAUCCUAAUAAUCCCCACUUAUCACUGGUAAUCUAGUAAUCCUUGGUAAACUAGUAAUCCUUGGUAAACUAGUAAUCCUUGGUAAUGUAGUAGUCAUUGGUAAGUUAGUAAGCCUUGGUAAGUUAGUAAGCCUUGGUAAGUUAGUAAGCCUUGGUAAGUUAGUAAGUCUGGGUCAGUUAGUAAGCUGCUGAACAAUGAAAUUGCAGGCUUUGCUUGCGCUGUGUGCCCAUGGCGCAUUUGUGUCUGCGGAGACAAAGUAGACACUGCAUAGACAGUUCAGGUUUAUAUGAACAGUAAAUUUUAGACUAGAAAAAGCCUUCAUAUUACUUUAAUUUGUUGUUUUACUUGUUUUUAAUAAGAUUAUAUAUAAGCUUACUAUGCUUUGAUAUUAAUUAAAAUUGAAAAAUGUGGUCAUUGUUUUUAUUGCAUUUAUCGCGACAUUAUCGAAUAUCGUGAUAAUUUCCUCGACAAUAAUCGUGAGAUGAUUUUUUUAAUAUCGCCCAACCCUAAUGAUGACCUAUUCCAUCAGUUUAUGGCGAAAAUAUAAUGUGACAUCGUCACACACAUUUAUUCAACUACAUACGCCAGGAUAAGAAUCGUAUAAGAUCAAUCGUGUAGAUGGGCCUUUAUCAAACCAUUAUUUUGUUAAUCCGGAGCUCGAAAUGUCUUUCCCCUGUAACAAUGCGUGACUGCCAACUACCAUCAACUCUGGGGUGAAAGUUAAAAGCUAUAUGCAUUCAUUCAAUGUACAUGUCUAUAAUUAGCAUCAAUAAACAGAGCAAUUAAAAAUCAUAGUUUUCAGACAAUUUGAAGAAUGUAUUUCAAUUGCAUGUAGGUACAGAUUGGUAAAGAAUUUGAUUUGAACAAUGGAGAGACGGAGAAUGUUGAUAUUAAAGUUUUGUUGGGCAAAGAUGAGGUUUGUGGAAUUGUGCCCAAAUUCCAGUCUGCAAUUUUAAAGAUAGGGUACAGUCCGGUCUGCGCAUGCGCACAUAGGAUACAUAUGGACACUAUAUACACAUAGGACACUCCUGCCGUGAUAUAAACACUUUAACUAGGUUUUUAUUUCAUUUUAUGUUCUUGCAAAGCCUGAUUGUUGUAUCUUGAUCAUUUAUUAUACUGUAGAAGCAUGAAAAUAUAAAUAGUUGUCGAAUAAAGUUCAAUAUUUUGAAUACCGAAAUGUAAACAAAGGCUUUGUUUACAUACGGACUGUACCCUUACCUUUAAGAUAUUAUACUUUGUUGGAUUUCUGGAUUUUUUUUUGAAAGUGGGAUAGCAUUAAAGCCUUUAAAUUGAAAUAAACUAAACAUGCAUGGCUGUGGAAAUUGGAGAGCCAUGAAGCAACUCUACCGCCGUAAUCUAAGGGGCUAUAACUCCAGAUUCAAAUAUCAAAAACUGUGCUUUAAAAAUUUUCAACUACAAGUCAUCUUCAAAACUAUGUGGAGAGAUUAGAGCUAGCUAUAGUCUAAACCUGUAGCUGUAAUAAAUGGCUGUUAACUCCAAAAAAAGUCUAUUGGGGCAGGAUCUACCGAGUCAUACAUCAGGGGCAGGUUGUUCAAAGCUGGACUAGCGCUAACCCUGGGUUAAAAUUUAACCUGCUGUUUUAGUUUGUGUAUUUCUGCACGUCUGUUUAUUUGAAAACGUCAGAGAAGAAAACUCCUAUCGAUCCAGACAAGAUCUCUGAAGAAAUAUUUCCAAAUUUCUAAACAAGCUGUCGGGAAGUUUGCUUUGAAUUUUAGGUUGACCUACAAUUCGAGACAAAUAAUACGCGGACACUGAUUAAAAAUGGCUGAAGUUUAAGGCAAUCAAAUAUUUGUACGCAUAUCCAGCCGUAUUCCCCGCUGCCCCGUUACAAUGUUGUUGGUACAAAUACCGCAAUAGUUGCCAUAAUGACUGUUCAUCAAGUGUUCAUCAACAUUGUUUCAAGGGAGGGGGGACCAACUUUACGAAGUAUAUAUGAAAAUGUUGCAAAAAAUACUAUUUAUUUGCCAUGUUUGUCCGAGUAAAUUUGUCUAUGACUGUAGGAUUAAGCUAAUGCAGCUUUGAACAACAGGACCAUUCUCGUUCCCAGGCUACAAGUUUUGGUUCGCUUGGUACAUGUUAAAUGGUCUGAACGAACCAAAAAGGAAAAGUCAAACCAAUUAGGAGUGAAUUUACAAAAGAAUAUCUUUAUAGUGGGUAAAUUUAAAUUAAUGAUUUUUUUAAAUUCAUUAUUUAAAUUUCACUCUGUAUAUUUUUGAGGAACAGGCUUAGAGCUCGUAUCGUACUCAAAUAAUCCCAUUGUGAACAUGUUUGGUAUAUAUUCCCGUCGCUAUGUUGUUGUUGAAAAAUUGUUUAAUUAAUAUCUCUUUAUAAAGCCCUUGACAUAUGUGUAUGCAAAGCAAAUUGGAAGUUCGCUGUAUGGCCGUGGAAUUCUGAGACCAAUUCUCUUGGGUAUUGCGUUAAAAGAUCAAACGCCGGAGAUGUUGAAACAGGUGGUUCAGUUCAUCAGCGAAAGUAAUAUUUUCUCGUAAAUAGAGUGUAAAAAUAUGGAAUGGAAUACACGACUUGUAAAAAAAUAAUUUCAUCGGCUACUUUAUAAUGAUCUGUUACGUUGGAGAAACUUUAGUCUCGGACAGUGGCGGACACCUCGUUCGCGAAAUAAUAAUGGGGGGGGAUGUUUCCAACAUCUUCUGUUGCUGGAAAUCUUGCAGAGGUUCUUUAAAGAUGGGGUUGAGUCUGUUCUGCGCAUGUGCUAUGUGAGGACCCUCUGGCACAGACUACUUAUCAUUUAUAGACCCGGAGCGAGGGGGAUUCGGCGUAAUAUUUCCCGAAGUGAUGAUAUUUUCCGAGGGAAAAUAUCAUCACUGAGGGAAAUAUCGCCGAAUCCCCCGAGCGGAGGGUCUAUAAAUGAUAUAUUGUACCAAAAGUUAAAGAACUCACUAAGUUCAGAAUAAACUUUAAAACUUGCGGAAUAUUAUAAACUACGCGAAUACAAUUUUUAAUUUCUUAUGUAUACCUGAGUUUUUGACGUUUCCUCUUUAAAAUAUCUGAGCAUAUAUCCCUUGGAUCAUUAAAGGUAACAUACGUCUUGAAAAUGUUUUGUUAAAUCAAAUAUUCUGUGCGAAAAUACGAAAUUACAAACAACAGCUCGCGAACGCCAUAUUGUUUCAGAGCGUGGUGUCCGCGCGUGAGCGUGGGAUACUAUAGUAUCCCACGGUGGAUCUGCCGUGGGAUAUUAUAGUAUCCCACGUUGGAUUGCGAAAUCAUGAAUUUGAGUGAAAUACCGUAAAAAAUCACAUUAUCGCGUGGUACAAAUGCUGUUUUUUCAUUGGACAAUUUGAAUUUGAGGUAUAAUAUUAUACAGAAGUCCAUUUCCGUUGUUUUUUGCGUAAGCACUAUUCGUCAUGAUUCGUCACUCAGCAAGUACCGCAAACAGAAGCAGUCACACAGUAUGAAUAUUUCCAGGGGGACGACUGCUUCUGUUUACGGUACUUGCUGAGUGACGAAUCAUGACGAAUAGCACUUACGCAAAAAACAAUGGAGAUGGACUUCUGUAUAGUAUUCUGUGCCUCUGGUGUAAAGAUUACUAAGAAUACCUAAAUUUUGCGUUAUUUCGACAUCUUCGAAAUUGAAACUCUAAUCUGUGCUCAAAAUGUAAACAAACCGCACAUCCACAGAACUCAGUGACUUGACCCGAUCUUUAACCUUUUUGCCUUUUCUAACAACACCAUAUUUCUAAGUGAUCUUUGUCCCGAGGGAAGAACAAAUAAACUAUAUAUAUUCUGAAAAUAAAUGUGUAAAUAGUGUAAUACAUGCAUGUAUGCAGGUGAAACUUGCACUGAAACUCGGAGAAAUAAAGACAAUUUAAACUAAUCUUACAUGUAAACGAUUUUAAUACACUGGACAGACACUUAAUUAAUUAGUCGUCUGUAUGUAUGUAUGUAAAUGUACUCUAAAGUUGGUCG